CCUUUCUCCGAAGCCUGUCUUGUGACCUGCAGAGCUUUGAGGAACACCUUCCUUGUGGCGAGCAUCACCGUGUCUCGCUAAGAAAAGCGGCGAUCUACGAAUGAACGUCGACUUUGGACUUUUUCGCGUUGACUGAGCCGAUCGUUUGAUUAUAAAUACAGCGAUGUGGCUGCUGCCGCUGCUGCCGCUGUGGCCGCUGUGGCUGCUGACCGACAUCUCAGAGUCGCAAGUGUUGCUGUCUGUUCCGGAGGAGGUGACGCUCCAAGAAUGGACCAGUGGCAACGUGACCGUGGCCUCCAGCCUGGCGCCACCGCGGCCGCUGGUGGUGCGCCUGAACGUCACUUACAGCUCCAAGAGCAACUCGUCAGAGAUCAUCGGCUUGCCGCGGCAGGUGACGCUGCCCAUUGCGGCCACGUCGGUCACCUUCACGGUGACGGCGCGCACCAGCGGACAGGUGACGGCGUACCUGAUGUGCGACGCCGCAGAUGGCUGCGGCUCGGACCCCCGUCUGCGCUUCAUGGUGGUCCGCAGCAACGCGGUGGCGCUGCUGAGCGAGGUGGUCGGCUGGCUCUACUUCCUGGCGUGGUCCGUGUCCUUCUACCCGCAAGUCUGGGAGAACUGGAGGCGCAAAAGCGUGGUGGGCCUGCACUUUGACUUCCUGGCACUCAACCUGACCGGCUUCUUCGCCUACAGCAUCUUCAACAUCGGCCUCUUCUGGGUCACGCCCAUCAAGGAGGAGUUCUUGCAGAGGAACCCCAACGGCAUCAACCCCGUCAAGCCCAACGACGUCUUCUUCAGCCUGCACGGCUUCCUGCUGUGUCUGCUCUACAUUGCCCAGGCCGCCGUCUACGAGAGAGGGGGCCAGCGGGUGUCGUGGACGGCCCGCGUGCUGCUGCUGAUGGGCUGGUCCUUCGCCGGCGUCACCUUGUUCCUGGCCGCCUUCCGGCGCCUCAGCUGGUUGGACUACCUCUACUUCUUCUCCUACAUCAAGCUGGCCGUCACGCUGGUCAAGUACCUGCCCCAGGCCUUCUUGAACUACCGGCGAAAGAGCACGGCGGGCUGGAGCGUCGGCAUGGUGCUGCUGGACUUCAGCGGCGGCCUGCUCAGCAUCUCGCAGAUGAUCUUGGAUUCCUACAACAACGACGAGUGGCGCCUGAUCUUCGGGGACCCCACCAAGUUCGGCCUGGGUCUCUUCUCGAUGCUCUUCGACGUGCUCUUCAUCUUUCAGCAUUACUGCCUGUAUCGCUCCGGCUACCGGAUGCAUGACUGCGGCGAGGUGGAGUGAAGCGCCGCCGCCGCGGAUGCUGUAGAAAGGAAAUAAAAUCACGAAUGAGGAUGGAGAUCGAUGAUUGUUUUUUUUACAAAUCUAUACGCCUCUCAUUGAUGACGAUUGAUAUUUAAUGAUUUUUUUCUUAAUGUAUAGCAUUUCUCUGAAGGAAAAAAAAUGUCUGUACGUGUGUGUACCUGUAAUGUCCUUUAUUUUUAUUCCGCUGAAGAA